CGCCGGGGCCCGGCGCAUGGCGGCGGCGGGGAGCAUCACCACGCUGCCGGCGCUGCCCGACGACGGCGGCAGCGGCGCCUUCCCGCCCGGGCACUUCAAGGACCCCAAGCGGCUCUACUGCAAGAACGGCGGCUUCUUCCUACGCAUCAACCCCGACGGCAGGGUGGACGGCGUCCGCGAGAAGAGCGAUCCGCACAUCAAACUACAGCUUCAAGCAGAAGAAAGAGGAGUGGUGUCAAUCAAAGGUGUAAGUGCAAAUCGCUUUCUUGCUAUGAAGGAAGAUGGCAGACUGCUGGCAUUGAAAUGUGCAACAGAAGAAUGUUUCUUUUUUGAGCGUUUGGAAUCCAACAACUAUAACACUUACCGGUCACGGAAAUACUCUGAUUGGUAUGUGGCACUGAAAAGAACUGGACAGUACAAACCUGGGCCAAAAACGGGACCUGGACAGAAAGCUAUCCUUUUUCUUCCAAUGUCUGCUAAAAGCUGAUUUCCAUGAUGGAUUCUGAAAACAUAUGCCAUACUACAUUAGUGAGGUAGUCUCCUCCUACUCUCCAAAGCAGCAAAAAUACAAGCAAUUAUUUGCUGAUAUAACUACUUUUGCAGUUGUCAAAUUAAAACAUGAAUUUUUCAUACUGUCUUUAUAUUGCUCUUUAAACCUAUUGUGCCGGUGCGUGCAGAGGUAAACUUACUUGGAAAAUAUAUGGGAUUUUCAGGCUCAAUUACACACCUGUUUUCUACUAGAUACCUAGAUAGAGCUGUUUUAUUUACCUUAUAUUUGCUUUACAGAGUAAAGGAAAACUAAUCUGAUGCACAAUUAAAGGAAUAUUUACCAUUUAAAUUAUCUAUUGCUUAUGAGAAAAUAGAGUGAAUAUUGUCUUUCAUCCUAAAAGUAAUCCAUGAAUAAUCUUAACAUGGUCCAAAUAACUCGACCAUAAACAUUCUAAAUUAUUAAUUUAAUGAAAUGUGAAAUUUGUUCCUAUCCUGUAAUAUUUCUGUAGGACUCCGGCAGCUCCCUGUGGUAUAAUUUGUAGAAUAGGCCUGUGUAAACAGCUGGAAACUCUCUCAUGGUUAUGUCAAUCUUAUCAAACCCUUCUCGAUAUCCAUAAAGUAAUAGCUUAGCUAUGUUGCUGGUGAUGGGAGUAGUGUGUUUCGUCCUGGCAAGCUCAUCGAGGUCCAUCCAUUCGCACCUCAGGCAUUCCUGCUGGCAGAAGCUGAUGGUGAAGGAGGAAGGCUCCAGGCGACAGAUGAUGUACAUAUCUGACUUCCCAAAGGCUCCGGGAUGUCUGUGUUGCUGUCUUAUGCUUAGGAUGGACUUGAACUCAGACUUGAUGCCAGUCUCUUCAAAAACCUCUCGAACUGCUGUGUCUCCUACGUGAAGAGAAUAAUUCUUACAAAACAUGUAAGAAUAGCAUAACACUUCUUAAACCUUUUGAUCAUGGAGAAUUUCUGACUCAAAGCACUUUCUCCAGUAAGCUUAAUGAGCUCUUCAGAACGUAAAGCCUGUAUGCUUCCAUGGAAGGAUAAGCGCAUUUUUGGGUCCUUGAACAAAACUAAUUGCUGGGGGAUACUGUGCCUUUCUGGUGUAUAUCCUACACAACGAAGAAAGUAGGAAACCUUCUGUGAUGUAGUUGGAUGGUUGCUGGCGUCACUGAUCUCUUAAUGUAAGACAGCAUCGUGUUAUACUGGAUUUUCAGUCCUUUGAAUCUAGCCCCCUGCCAUUGUCUUUGCCUCCAUCUAGUUUCAGGUUCAGACCUUUUGCAGCUGAACACCUGCAUGUGUAUCAGAUCACUUGAUCAAAUCACUUAGUUUCAUGGCAUUUUGCCAUGAUGUGUGAAAACAUAGGGAAAAAUAUUGUUUGCAGAUAACGAAAGUUGGUCCCAAGGCUUUUUCAAAAUGUACCUUAAACGUCUAGUGGUAGUUCAAAUGUGUCGUAAUGCUAGUGUGGCGUGGAGCCUGUUGUUGCAGAAGACACACUCCAGCCAUAUUGCAUGUGUACAUUUUGUGUGCAACAACUGAGGUGAUAUAUAUGUUGCCUUUCUCAUUACAAAAGUAGAUACAAGUUCACAGCUCUUGAGGUUCUGUGGACUGCAGUUCAAGCCAGAGAAUUUCCAUCUAUUCAGUGCUCUUCAAAACAGAAGAUGUACUUUUGAGUAAUGGCUUGAGCUGAAGAGCCCAAACAAGAUUUUUUUGAUAUUCCAACUGUUUCCUAAAAUUCUGCAGUGCAGUUAAAUCAUGAAAAAUUCUACUCACCUGGGGCAGUUACUAAUAGGUAAUAUACUAGAUGAUGAUGAUUGUUAUUACUAAUCUUGGUAAUCUAAUAGCUGUGUCUUGUCUGAGCGGUAAAUGCAUAUAGUUGUUUUGCAAAGUUAUCUGCUUCAAUUAGUUCAUUUUCUAUAAGGAAUGAGAGUGUUGGUUUACUUCCAAAGGCAAAAUACGUUUUACCAGACCCUGUAGAGAUUUUCCUUCCUUUACAAGUCACCAUCUUGAAAUGUCAGAGGUGAAAAAAACAGACGUUUUAGGUGUAUUUUCAAAUUAGUGAAAAUAGUUCCAGGAUAUACAGUGGCUAGCAAUAUAUAAACAAAGUAGUCCAUCCAGGAGAUCAAACAACUGUGUAUUAAUGGCCCCGAUCCUGCACAUAACUUCUGCCUCAGCACAACAUUCAUCUUGCAGUAAGACAAUCUAUGUAAAGUUAACAUUAGGCACAUACAGAGGUGUUUGCAGGACUGGAGACCGUUGAUAGCACCUGCCGAACAUUUACUACAGUUUUACUUAAUGAAAAGGCUACUGCAUAUAAGAGGGGAAAAAAAAACAUAGGAGAAUAUAAUCAUUUACCAUUCCUGAUCCUUAGUGGAGACUGUGUCCUGUGUUGUUCAGAGGGAGGUCCCUGCAGUCCUCUUACAUGUAAGAUAGUGUUUAUGAAGCAAACACCCUGAGGCAAGUGGGUUUUUUUAUGAGGCAAGUGAUUUUAUUAUUAGGCAAAUGGCUAUAUUACACAGAAGUGGUCAGCAAAGGUAAACAACUGAGAUCAUGAGAAAUGCUAAGGCAUGCCAUGGUAAGACAAAUGAAACAAAUAGAAAUUUUAAUUAAGCUUUGAGCUUUGCUUUGAGAUCAAGUGCCUUUUUCCGUUUCCUUUUUAUUUAAACAUAUAUGUAUAUAUAUUUAAAAGAUAAUGACCAGUUAAACUAGAAGAAACAGUAGGGCUUGAAUUUAGAAAAAAUACUCAGACACAAAAUUGUAUGUGCAAUUUGAUGCUUAAGUCUGCAUUUUGAGACUCUUGGAAUUACUUGUGCAAAUCAAUUUGUUCUCAUUAAAGUAGGCAGUCAUGUAUUUGAUCAUUUUAUAUAAUCACAGGAUCUUCAAGCAGUGUAAUUGCACUCUGACAUUUUUGAAAUGUAGGCUCUUGAAUGAUUGUGAAUUUAUAAGGCUUGAUAUAAGUGAUUAAAAAGGUAAAAUUAAGCUUUAUUAUAUUUUAUGCUUUACUAAUUUAUCUUUUCCUGUAAUAUUAAGAUGUGAUAGAGAAAAAUUGUAACUUCUAUUAUUAUAUUGUUUAGUAGUGGCAUGAGGGGAGCUAGAGAGACUUAUUUCUCCUUGGUUUGUUCUUUCUUGAUAGCUACAUCCAUGCUCCACUGAGCAACACCCGUAAUCUCACCUGUUAUUUGAGAGAUGGCCAUUGGUUUACUCAAUAACAAUAUUCCCCUAGUGAAGCUGUUGCCAGUGCCUGUCAUUCUCCUCCCUCAGAAUAAACAUUUCUCUGGUAUCUCCUGGUCUAGAUCCUCUGUCUCUCUUUAAGAAUGAAAGGGAGCCUGGAUAGACAACAAAAAGUGUUCAGGAUUCUUCAGCAAAUGUGAAUCCAUCUCACUACGCUGUAUGUAUUUGCUUUGUCAAACAAAUAAUUUUGACUUCUGUCACUGUCUUUGAAAGAACAAAGCUAGAUAAAAUGUUAUGAGUCAUAAAAUUAGUCAGAAAAAAUCUCAGUCGUAUCAUGUAAACUAGAAAGAAAUUUUUCCAUGUAUUGAAAUUAUGAACUGGAAUACAAGCCCUUCACAUAUUGUAGGAAGACUGUGAGAGUAGUAUAGAGAAAUUUCUAAGGUACAAAACAAAUUCUAGAAACUUGGGCUUGAUACCAGUUUGCCAGAGCUUCUAUGUGGCUCUGGGCAGCAUUUCUUGAGCCUUACUUUAGUAACCAGAAGAAUGUAACAAUAUCUCAACAUUGAUGUGGGGCUAAAUUAAUAUGAGCAAGUGUAACUUUUGAAACCAAGACUUACCUAAUAAUUGCAAUAUAUUUUAAAAAUCACAAGCUGUGGAUCCUAAUUUUAAGGGGCUGAGAUAAGAGGAGAAAACCACAAAUUUCUAUCUCUUUAUACACACUUUAGUUCAUUCAUCUUUGAAAAUAAUUGCAGCAAUUGUAUUCAUCAUUGCCUGUGCUACGCGAGGUAGAAAUAAAGGGCUUCCUCAAAUCAACUUUGUUUUUGAUACAGAAGUGCCUUAUGUUGCUAGUUGAAAGGAGGUGCCCACAAGACUCGAGCAUUGCACUUACACAGGUCCUGUGCCAAAGAACUCUUAGUCUAAAUAGAUCAAAUAGACAAGGAUGGAUAGAUGCAAGUGUAUUUAUUCCUGUUUGGCCCAUAAAAAAGUUGAGCUGGAAAUUUUUGCUCAGUACAUCAUUGAGCUCAGCAUCCUGGAUUCCAGUGCAAGCUGAAAACUCUUUUAUUUCAUUUUUUUUUAUUUGGUUAUAUACCGAUUACCUUAAUCCUGUGCACUUCUGGCUCGUAUUAAAGAAUACCCAACAAGCCUACAAAAAAUAAGCAAAUUGGUUUCAAACCCUGCUUUAUGGGAAAAUGGGGAAAAGUGUAACUGCUAUAAAUAAAAAGCUUUUCUGCCCUGAAUAUGAUGUUUCCUCAUUAACCUUAAGGACACAGGAUCAUGUCACUUCACCUAUUAACUGUUAAUUCAAGGAAGUGAUUAGUCACAGGAGUCACCAUACAUGCAUAUGCUGGGUCAUAAUGUAUUUCACUGUUGUUAAUGUCUUUAUAAUUCUAUUGAUGUCUGACCUAUUAUUCUAGGACUUACCAAUGUCUUCGCCUGGAUUAGAAAGGCCUCCUGGAAAUUUCCACGCAUUUACAGUCUGUAGUGGAGGAAAAAAAUAUUAAUGAAGUAUGCAAUCUAUGUUGUGCUCCGUAAUAUGAAGGAGACAUAACACAUGACCUUUUUGUUGAAGUUGCAGUAUUGUAAUUAUUCUUACAAAUAUCAGUAAGGCUUUAAAUAGGAACUUCUUUGUUCUUACUAAUGUGAUGAUCAAAGAUAUCUACAGUCUGUAUGAAAUUUUGGAACAAAACAUCUACUGAUUGAAAAUACAAACUGUCUAACAAUCAUUAGACAAAGUUGCUGCUAGAUAACUAGAUAGAGUAGCUGGAUAUUAAAAAAAGCUGCUAUAGUCUAUAUAGUCAUAUCUAAUCAUUGAUGUAUUCCACUUUCAUGUUUUUUGGCUUUAUAAAUGUUUAUAUAUUUAAUCUUACAAACAGAUAUUAUGAUUGUAGUAUUGUUCUAUACUGCACUGGCUUUAAGAUGAUUGUGUGUGUCUGUAAUAACCAUUUAGUGUACCUGUCAUUUGUUUUUAUGGAAUACAAAAACUGAGGCCUAUGUGUGAUUUAUAUAUAGAAACAUUUAUUGAAUUGCAAUAAAGUUCCAUAAUUAAAACAGAA